CGUGACGGACGCGCUUUCUUCUUCUUCUUCUUCAUCGUCUUCUCCGGAGCUCCAUCCAUGGCGAUGGCGAUGGCGAAGAACAGGGUAAGGAGGAAGAUGUGUGACAGGGUCGAGGAGCUGGAAGAGGUGGAUCGGCAUCCCCUGCUGGUGCACCAUCGCCGCCGCCGCCCGGCGCCGCGGAAAUUCGCGUCAUCGCUCCCCAAUUUCUCGCCCGCGCGGAGCUCGAGCGCCAAGAACAGUGGCAGUGGCAAUGGGGCAAGCUCCUCGAUUCUAUCGUGCGUGGGGCUGAGCGGUGAGGGCAAGCGAGGCAAGAAUCUCGUCACGCUCGUGGUGGGCGAGGAGGAGAGGGCAUUUAGGGUAGAGCCACAGAUCCUGGAUCACGGAGUCGUCCAGUGCUUGCUGGAGAAGACGACGCGCUGCGAGGCGAUCGAUCGCGAGUGGCGAGAGGCGGAAGAGAUCGAGGAGGAGGGGGAUAGCGCGUUGUUCGCCGCGCUGGAUGGAUCUAGCGUCCGUCGCUCAUGGUCCAUGGAUCACCACCACCAACGUCAUCGCCACCCCCACCGCCGAGUGAUUCGUGUCGAUUGCGAUGCGAUCCUGUUCGAGCACAUCCUGUGGCUGCUUGGGAGGGACGAUCCAUCGCUGCGGCACCUGAAUGUGGACGAGCUCAUGGAAUUCUACUCGUGAUUCGGCAGGAAGAGGAGAACCAAACAAAAAAUCGCGAUGGUUCCUCCGGAUUGCAUAGAUCGAGCUUCGAAUUACUACGAAUUUCGCGGCUCCAAGUCCUCUAGCCUCUGGAUUUAACCUCCAUAGCUCACAAGGAUCGAGCAAAUAACCGUCUAGAGAUUUGUCAUGAUCGAUCGAACACUAGAAAAAACUUUGGAAGAUAUCGCAAGGAUUUUGUCAAACAAAUCAAAAGCUGUAUGACAUUUCUUA